AUGUCACAAUACCUGCUUAAAGUAAACAACCGGUACCAGAAACAAAAUUAUAAUUUUAAUGUGCUUAGAAAGAUUUACGGACUGUUUGUUUAAAAUCAAACAUAUUAAAGCACCUCUUGUUUUAAGAUUAAAUUAAAUCCAGUAAACUUAUCAUAAAAUUUCCAAGUAUUGAAUGUUCUUUUUGGUUUGGUCUUAAAGCAUCUUAUUGCCUAGCAGUAGUCGUAUAGUCGUUGCCCCCUGUUAUAUAAGCUUUGAAUGAAUUGUUUACGAGAUUUCAUCAAUAUUCGUGACGUUUAUCACCGAUAUUACCUUGAAAAUGAGUGCUCUUCAAUUUGGGCGCGUGAUAACUCGAAAAAUAAUUUGUUUGACUAAAGAAUCAGUGGGCACUGGAUUGAAAUCGACAGCAGUACGUUAUUUCUCUGUAACAAAUAACAGAAAAAUGAAAUUUGUGCAGUUUACUUAUAAAAAUCAACCGGAAGAAGUACGCGUUGGUUAUAUUGAAGGAAACAAUGUUGUAGACCUCAAUAAAGUGGAUUCAUCAAUCCCUACAACUUUGCUGGGAAUCCUGAAAAAUGGAGAUGUAGAGAAAGUUCAAAAAUUAAAAUCAACAAAACCACCAUCGGUGCCACUCUCAGCGGUGACCUUGGCUGCUCCAAUUCACGGUAUAGAUAAAGUACUAUGCAUUGGACUGAACUACAAAGAUCAUUGCGUAGAACAGAACCUCACUCCACCGGCUGUGCCUAUGAUAUUUAAUAAGUUCCCUAGUGUUAUUGUUGGACCCAAUGAUGCAGUAAGACUGAGGACAGAAGUCACUAAGAAAGUGGAUUGGGAAGUAGAACUGACUGUUGUGAUCGGUAAGAAGGCGAGCUUCGUGAAAGCGGCCGACGCUUACAACUAUGUACUGGGUUACACGGUGGCGCAGGACAUCAGCGCUAGAGACUGGCAAAAAGAGAAGAACGGCGGUCAGUUCUUACUUGGCAAGUCGAUGGACACCUUCUGUCCCAUUGGGCCUUACAUCGUGACCAGCGACGAAGUCGGCGAUCCUCAGACCCUGGACAUCAAGUGCAGCGUCAACGGUGUCCUGAAACAGACCAGCAACACCAAUCAGCUCAUACACAAAAUACCCGAUGUCAUUGAACGACUGACAUCGGUGAUGACCCUCCUCCCUGGGGACAUAAUUCUAACGGGCACUCCAGGCGGCGUCGGCAUGUACCGGAGCCCCCCGGAGUAUCUGAAGCCCGGUGACGUUAUCCGCAGCGAGAUACAGAAUAUUGGAGUUCUGGAAACUAGAUUGGAGAAGUUUUAAUUGGUGCUCGAGUAAGGCUAGCACCACAUUUGACAGCAGAUCGUUCGUAACGAAACACCAAAAUGAAUACAAUUACUACUCUCGAUCAUACUACAUGGAAAUCCGUCAUUAUGUCGACGUAAUACCGCGGAACUUUGGCGCUCACCGAUUUCCAGUCAACGAAAAAUUGGCAACACUGCAUUGGAUACUUAAGUGAUAUAACAUCUCAUAACAACGCAGACCGCGUAUGCGUUGGCAAGUUUUCAUACGUCUGAAGAUAUGUUAAAAGUGGCUGCUGCGUUUAGUUGCCAAUCUCUCGAUUGCCGAAUGUAUAAUUAAAUGUGACGCUAGCCUAAAUAGCUUUGUCAGAACAGGCUAUAUGCAGUCUGACAGACUGGGAUUACUUAUUAUACGUUAUUUGAUUAAUGAUUUUUUAAUUGGGACCAGACUAACUUACCCUCUAGACAACAAACGAAUUUAUUGAUAGAUACGGUAUCACUACCGUGUACAUGAAUUAGAAGAAGAUAUCAGAAUCGGCAUUUUAUUCUUUCCCAUACGUGUUCUCAUAAGAAUUAAGUGUGCUGGAAGUUUAUGUUUCCAUACAAAUUAUUAAGCCUCCACUGUUUAAAUAGAAGUUUUAUUAAUUAUAUUAAGUAUGUAAAUAUAUUGCAUAUUAAAUCUAUUUCAUUUGCCAAAUAAUGAACCAAAUAUUACGUUAUUUGUAAAAACUAAGUGUGCAGUUAAAUAUAUGCACGACAUUGAAAAGCCAUUUUGUAAAGUCAGGGUUAAAAUAUUAAAAAAUAUUUUAUAAUAAGUGCAAUUGUAUUAGGGUUUAAUUAUUUUUGUAUAUUAAUCAAAUGUUAUAAUAAUAAUAUAUUGAUUUGUUAUAAAA